AUGACUUCAAAAUAAGAUAAGCCAAAUAGAUUUGACGAAUUAAUAGAAAUAGAUGGAUUAAAAAAUAAUAACUUUCUUUGCUUCAACUUCAAGCCAAAUUAGUUGAUGAAUACAUCGCUCACUUUAAAAAAUAUAUCCAGAAAUAAAAUAUAUUAUAAGUUCAAAACUAAUAAUCCAAAGUGUUUUUCUGUUCAACCAAACUAAAAAGAAAUUCAUCCAAAUUGCGAUGUAAUUGUCGAAUUUACAAUGCAACCAAGAAGAGAAUACAACUAAAUAACAGGAGAUAAAUUUUAGAUAGAUGUUGCUGAACUCACUGAAUAAAUUCUCCAAGAAGGGCAAGAUGUUAGCGACAUUUUGAAAAAGCAUGUUUAGGGUAAUAAAAAGGUAGAUGUUUUUCUUGUAAGUUAGUAAUAAUAGAAUGAAAAAAUAGUUGAUUUUAGCUUUGAAGGAAAUGUCACUUAACGCGAAAACAGUUUAAUGAACAGUUCAAAGUUGUAUGCUUCAGUAAAUGCAAAUGAAGAGGAAAAAAGACUCAACGAAGCUCUUAAUAAGGCAAAGAGUGAAAAUUAAAUUUUAGCUUAAUAAAAUAAAGAUUUAGAAAAGAAAGUCAAAGAGCUAUAGAAGAUUCAGCAAGCAAGUAAUUAGGAAGCCAACUUUACUAUGUUCCAUGUUAUUAUAGUAGCAAUAAUAGCAUUAAUUGCUGGUGCUUUCUUAGCAAAAUGA